GCCUGCAUCCUGAUUCGCUAGACUGCACUGCCCCUUUCCGCAAUAGGUACCCCUAGAGGCCCCCGCCGUUUACAAAGUACCUUAGCUGCUUAGGUUAGGUACUUAGCAGCAAAUCCUGAUCGCGCACAUCUGUCACAACCAACCCAAUAACUCAAUGGCUGUUUCACCUAUAUCGAGUUCAGCAGCCGCGCUAGGCGAGAAGUCGCAUUCCUAUCUCUCGUUGAGCACCUAGAACUAUUAUUUUAGUCAUGCCCGUACAACUCCCGGUCCUUACUAUUGCCGAUGCGGCGGCGUGGUCAAGCUGGCUAUUUCGCAAUGGAGGCACUUCAAAGGGUGUGUGGUUGACCCUGGCUAAGAAAGGUGCCACGACACCGACCUCACUCACGUACGCCCAAGCACUUGAUGAGGCACUCUGCCACGGCUGGAUUGACGGACAAACCCGCAAGGGCGACGGAGAAAGCGCAGUUCCGUCUUACGCGCAGCGGUUUACGCCGCGUGCCCCACGGAGCUGCUGGUCCAAGCGGAACGUCGAGCAUGUAGCGCGUCUUGAACGUGAAGGACGAAUGACGGAGGCGGGACGACGCGCCGUCGAAGCUGCUAAGGCAGACGGCCGCUGGGAAGCCGCAUACGCUGGGCAAGCGACCGCAGAGCUGCCGGAAGAGUUUCUCGUCGCGGUCGCAGCCGUACCCGCAGCACAAGCCACUUUCGACACGCUAUCGCGGCAGAAUCGCUUCCUUAUGUACUACCGCCUGAAGUCAUUAAAGACUCAAGCUGGACGCGAAAAAAGGAUUGCCGCAUUUGUUGAUAUGCUAGCUCACGGGGAGGUGCCGUAUACCCAAAGAGCUUCUGUGCAGUCUCCGGGCCCAGAAAAAUCGAGUAUUACUUCAACUAGAAAAGAGAAGAAACCAUCAAUGUCUAACGUUCGCCAAGAAAUCCGAAGAUCUGCACGCGUGUCUCAACGCGCAAAAAGGUCUUCCGAAGAGUGAGCGUAUGCCAUGAACGAUAAUGUACCUAAAGAUUGGAAAUUAAAGGAAGCUUUAUCGGAAGGUUCAUGUGUUGUUCUGAUGCUAUUGCUUUCGAGAAAGGAGACGAAAGGGAGGGAAAUACCAAUAUCGCAAUUCCUUAGUUGCUUACCUCCUUAGGUUUUUAACUCAAUCAGCGACCGGCAAAGAAAUUACACUAAACAGUACCCAGAUCUCUCGACACUCUCGGCGCUGAGCCUCUUUCGAUUACCUAGGUAGGUAUAUAAUAAGAUGGCAACGUGGAUAGCAUACGUACUGCAUAUUACUGCAAGUAUUAGUUAUAAACACAUACUUCCAUUGAAGGUACGUAUUAACUCCGUGGAUUAGGUACCUCCGUUCAAGAUUUCGGAUCUGAUAAGAUGAAGAC